UCAUUCAAACUCUGUAUUCUUGUUUGCCUUCAUGAAUUUACACUAUAUUCCUUCCUCUCUGCAUUCUCAGCAAAAGAAUCAUGUAAAUCCCAAGACAAUAUCGGAUUCAUGGGCAACAUGUUAUGUCCAGAACAUAAAAGAUCAGUCAAAUAUCAGCAUCACCUGUGGCAAUUCUUACACCUGCAGUUUACGACGAGAAAAAUCAACACAUAGUUUGAAGCUUCGUGCUGUGCAGCCGCAGAAAAAGUUUAAAUGGCUUGCACAGCUGAAAGAAGAGACUCCAGACGGUUCGUCGAAGAAAGGAACUAUAGCUGGUGCAGUUGCUUUGAUCAUUGGCACCAGCAUUGGCUCUGGAAUUCUUACUCUCCCUAAGAAAACUUCUCCUGCAGGGCUAAUUCCAAGCACAAUAUCAAUUACUGUAUGUUGGGCAUUUCUUUUGAUUGAAGCACUUCUGCUAGUUGAAGUGAAUGUUGGUUUGCUAAAGAAAAAUAAGAAGAGUGGCUUAAAAGAGAAUGAAUUAGAAAUAAUUUCUAUUAGAACAAUGGCACAAGAGUCACUUGGAGAGUUGGGUGGUUCCUUGGCUACUGUCACCUAUGUUUUCUUAGGUUACACUUCUAUGAUUGCUUACAGUUCUAAGUCUGGGGAGAUCCUUAACCAUUUGUUAAAUAUUCCCGAGUCGGCUUCAGCCUUCUUGUUUACUGCUAUCUUCAGUACUCUGAUUACUGUUGGUGGAACGCGCACCACUGAUCAAGUUAACCAAUGGCUCACUGUUUCUAUGAUAGGUUUGCUUGCGUUGAUUGAGGUUCUGGUGGUGGCAUAUGGAGGAUGGUCUGGAUUUGAGGCAAACGGAGACUGGACAAAAGUUCCAUCCACGAUUCCAGUGAUGAUCUUUUCGUUGGUCUAUCAUGAUCUUGUACCUGUUCUUUGUGCAUAUUUGGAGGGGGAUGUACGACGUAUAAGGGCUUCUCUUUUGCUAGGAAGUGUAGUUCCAUUGUUAGCGUUUCUUGUUUGGAACGCGAUAGCACUUGGCCUCUCAUCUCAGGCUCACCAGUUCACAGACCCUGUUGAACUGCUAAUGAGCGCGAAAUGGCCUGGCGUUUCAGUUAUGGUAGAGGCCUUCUCUCUACUAGCUAUAGGAACAUCAAUAAUCGGGACUCUCUUGAGCUUCUCUCAGUUCUACAAGGAACAACUAAGUACGCUAUCAGAGAGUCCUCCCUCGAAACUAAUUCCAGAACCAAGCAAACAACAUUGGCUAAGCAAAUGGUGGAGAAAGAAUAAAGCAAAUGUGACAGCAACAACAAUGGUGGUCGCGCCAACCCUCUGUGUGUCAACUAUAGUUCCAGAUGCAUGCUCUGCUGCCACGGACAUUGCAGGAGGUUACUGCAUGACGAUUUUGUAUGGAGUUCUUCCACCAGCAAUGGCUUAUGUAAUGUACCAGAGGAAUUACGACGACACUGGGAACAAGACGGCGAUGUCUAGAGCAGGACUGGGGCUCUGGGGGCUCGGAUUGUUUGCUUGUUCAAUAGUUUUGGAGCAGAUACUGCAAGAUCUCUCAUACUUGCCAGAAUGAACAUGUUACACACGACCCAUACAGCCAUACUUCUAAUAAGUUUCUCAUGUAAUCACGGCUACGAAACAGGGAUUAAUAUUAAUCACCGACUUUUAAAACAAUGCUUUCAAACAA